GAAUCAGCUAGGUGGGUCUCAGGUAAUGUGGUCAUUAGAUGAUGUCAAUGGUGCUGAGCAGUACUUUAAUCAGAUGAGUCUAGAGGGUAGCAUCCAUGGUCAGAGGAAUGCAGAGUUGUCUAUGGCAUAUGUUAAUUUGCGUCAGCUUGCAAUUCCUCAUUUGGGUUCUGGGCAGCCCCAACAACCAGUUUCUCAAAGGUACUCUGACAAUGAGGCUCCAUGGAGUCCUGCUUACUAUUCACCUCAGCAACCUGGAACAUUGGACCAAAAGCCUUUGGCUGAGUUUCCAACUUCGCCUUCAUCUUCCCGUUAUCGGGCUCCAUAUGGGGAGUUUUCAGACAGAAAUUUUGAUAGAAUGCCUGAGGAAUACAAUCGGCCUCCAACCAAUCAUCAUAACACAUAUGAGCAGCCGCUGCAGUAUACUGAGAAUAUGGUCUUGGUUCCAACAGGACCUGUAUGCAGUGAAAAUGUUGGUUUUCCAGGUAAUAUACUUCAUGGUACUGGUUGUGAGCAUUGCCCGAUAAUGUUUCCAAGAAAUCAACUUUACCCAGAUACCCCUUGGAAGCCUGGAGAACAGCCACGUCUAGAGCCAACUAACAUGGGGAAUGGAUAUCAUACAGUCACUAAUUCUUGUGUUGAGUGCCCCCCUAAUAGGGAAAUGUACACAUUGGAUCCAGAUGCAAACGUGCACCAUCCAUACUUCUAUAAUGAGAGCCGUAGUCAUGAAAGAGGAUGGGUUUUACAACAUCAGUUAAAUCCCCAGCCUGACGAACCUAGACCACAUGUUUCUAUAGCUGGAAGACUGGGGGUGGCUGAUAACUAUAUAAUGGAAAAUGGUACAAGUACUCCUCUUGGGCAAGGCAGUUUAUGUGAUGUCCACCCUGUGCAAUCCCACUAUGUCCAUCAUGAAGAUAUACGGUAUGCCCGACCUGUUGCAGACGUUGGUAAUCUAGUGUUUCAUGACCAAGCUGUGGCCACUGGAUCACAGGUUCAUGUUCCGUCUCUGGACGAGCAUGGAGUUUGUUGCAGCAAUCUUCCCUGUACAUAUGGAGCUGAUAAUGUGUACCAGGUUCCUCAUGGCAAUGUGCCUUUGCAUGCUUUAUGGAGAAAUGGUCAUGGCCCAUUGCUAGGAGGUCCCUCUCAUGAAACACCUGUUUUAGCUCAGCUAGCAAAUGGCUCUGUCAGCACUGGAUUUAUGAGGGGUACAGUGGAUGGUAGCCCCAGGUUGCGAACUGAGUUGGAGAAUCAAAAUCUUUGGGUAGAGUCGCCACAAAAACUUGUGGGCUUUGAUGAGUCUCGUGGCCAAGCUCCAACAUUGGUCCCCACCGUCGAGGGUCCAUUUACUAUGCAGUCCAGCCCAUCAGUCCCAGACAUGACUAAAUUUGCUGGUCCCAUAACGCAUCUUACAAAAUCCGAUUCUGCUUUCAUUUUUGAUGACAAGUUGGUCACUGCAGCUUCCAUGUCAUGCCUGAGAAAUGAUGCUGAUAUUGCUGAACCAGUGAAGUUGGAUGAGGACAGUAUCUAUAGAAGGAGCAAAGAACUGAAUCUUGGAGGGGAGGUUGGAGAUACUAACAUGCAUGUAGUCAAUGACAAAAAUCCUGAUGCAAUGGAACCUGCCAAGUCUAUGAAUUUUGUAGCGGAAAGCAAUGGCAGGAUGGAAGUGGAAGAAACCAAUGCUGGCCUUGCUGCUGAGCUGCAGGAAGACUGUUUGAGCUUGUUACCUGAUUUUGUUGCCUCUGUAAAAGAAGUGGCUUCGGCAUGUCUGAAGGUGGAAGCUAAAGUUCGAGAAGAUACUGAUUUUGGAAUUGAGCAUAAUGUAGUUGCAGGAGAUGAUGCACAGCAUGACCCGGAUGGAUUGGGUGGCAAUGGAGACUUAGAGAUGGGUUCUGAUAAUGACAAUCUCAGCGAUUCCAAGGUCGAGCCCACUACUGCUGAGGCUGAAGCAAUUGAUAGAGGAUUGCAG